AGGAGCGGGUGGAGGAUACGGGCCCAGCGGGCGCACGGACCAUGGCCUCCAAGUGCCCCAAGUGUGACAAGACCGUGUACUUCGCUGAGAAGGUGAGCUCCCUGGGCAAGGACUGGCACAGAUUCUGCCUCAGGUGCGAGCACUGCGGCAAGACACUGACCCCCGGGGGCCACGCCGAGCACGAUGGCCAGCCCUAUUGCCACAAGCCCUGCUAUGGAAUACUUUUCGGACCCAAGGGAGUGAACACCGGGGCCGUGGGCAGCUACAUCUAUGACAAGGACCCCGAGGGCAAAGUCCAGCCCUAGGCCUCCGGGCCCCCCUGCGGGGCAUGGGCCUAUCCACGCAGGCCCCUGGCCCAGUGCCCACUGCUUGGCUAUGUCGGGAGAGUGACCACUGCCCAGUCCUGCCUCGGCACCUGCGUGUCCAGAGCCUGAGUGUUGGGGGCCGAGGCAGCCACGCUGGGCAGCCUCCAGAGGCCCGUCCACCCAUUUUCUGUGGGUGUCCCCGGCCACCCUUACCCUCUUUUUGUGUCCUCCUGGCCCUACGUGUCUCCAUGCCUGUGUCUGGUGGCCCCACAUGCCCACGGUGGGUCUUCCUGAGGUGGCCUUCCCACUCCCCCGCUCAUGCUGCCCCUCGCCUGCCCCACAAUGUUAUUUAUGCUCCCGUCACCAGUAACAGCCGCAGCACGGCCUUCACAGUGUUCCAGCGGCUUAGGGCAUCCCCACCAGGAGCCCUCUGCCAUCUCCCACCCAGCCUCGCACGCACCCGCCCACCGCCCUCACGACCACUGCCGGAGUUUUGUUACCAAUAAAAGAUUCUGAGGAUCACACAACCCA